AUGUCUGCAAAAAUUUAUAACAGAAGUCUCUAUCUUGGCGAUACGAUUCAGGAAAAAACUCGUACUCUACUUGGAUGGAAUAGUCAUCAUAAGGAUUACGCAAUCGUGGAUCCAAUAUUGACCAAUAAACGUCCAUUAUCGGCAUCAUCAUUAUCAUCGUUAUCAUCAUUAUCUCAUUGUCAAAAUACGCGGCCAUAUCUAAUUCCCGUUGGCCGUUCUCGGAAAAAUAGUUCGAGCUCAUUAUCUACAUGUAGCGACUAUUCUCAACCAUCGCCCAGUUAUAGUAACCAAUCUUAUGAAUCGCGAAGUCCAGAACCUUACACUGCCGAAAUUACAAAAGCAUCGAGAUUAGCUGAACGUGAAGCUAGAGUUUUUGAACGGUUGCGUCAACUUGUUCCUGUACUUCCAGCUGAUCGUAACGCUUAUCAAGUACUAAUUGACACCGUAUCGCAAGUAAUGGAUCUUGAACAUCAACUUGAGCAGCUCAACGAAAGAACUGAGGAUGUUAAAAAUAGCCUUCGAAUAGAGGAAAAUUAUUUAAAUGUUGAGCCAAAUGAUGUAAAUUAUUUUACUUUACAUUCACUUUACUUUUACUUACUUUCUCCAUCCGGAUCUCUCUAG